GCGCUGCCUGUUUGCGUUGCACAUCUCCAGGGAAUACACCGUGCUCUACCAUCACCUGCUGUCCAGUCUCGCCCCGACACUAGUCCGGCCCCCCGACACUGUCCCUGCCCGCCAGUGAUCCACCGCUUCACGUCCACCGGCGAAGAGGCAACAUGGCGGGAAUGAUGGGGAAGCGCUUGGGGAAAGAGUUGGCUAAGCUGCAGAGGGAGACUCCCAAGGGCAUCACGAUCGUGUCCGCGGAUGACUUGAAAGAGUGGAAAAUGGACAUCCAAGUCCUGGGCAAUCCUCUCUACGAUCCCGAAGAGAGGUAUCGGAUGAAGAUGACAUUUCCGCCAGGCUAUCCAAUCGAGCCACCCGAGGUGGUGUUCAUGCUUCUAACGGAGCCGGUGCGGAGGAUACCGAUGCAUCCACACAUCUACAGCAACGGCAUCAUCUGCCUGGACUUGCUCGACAAGCAGGGCUGGAGUCCCGUGCAGAACGUCGAGUCGAUCUGCUUGAGCUUGCAGAGCAUGCUGGACUCCAACACCAAGAAUGAGCGGCCGCCAGGAGACGCCGAUUUCGUGAAGCAUAAUCGACUACGACCACGAGACAUCAAUUUUCUCUUCCACGACCCGAGCGUUUGAAGUGUUAGGAUAUCAGAACAGACGCGCGAUAUCGUGAUAUGCUACAGUCAGAACAAUGAGGUUGCACCAGACGAUGGGAUAGUCGGCUUUGGGAAGCCAGCUUGAAACAGAGUGACAUGGCCGACUACAAUGAGUUGACGGCCGUCUUCGUGGAAUUUCCCAACAUGCCUACCGUCGGCUCUGAGAUCGAGCAUGGUGAAAGGCUGCACGCCAAAUGCUUUCAUGAAGCAAGCAAGGCUCUUUGAAAUUUAGCAGGUGGGACGAUGCAGGAAUUGGGCUGUGGGGGGAGCAGGUGCGAUGAACGGGACAGCUAUGACUUUCACGGUCCGCUCACUCAUUCUAGACACGACAUAGGGGCAGGUUGGUAUGCUACAUAAGCUACACGUAUUGUAAUAAUAUGAC